UACACCGUCAUGCCAGCAAAAGGACACAACAAUUGUAGGGAAAUUCCCGUAUCCGUACAGAUGUACAUCUACCGACUGAUAGCCGCCAUGUUGAUCUGUCUCUGCCUAACGGCGGUGGCCACAGCAAGCUCCAUUCCAAAGCAAACUACUAGCUGUAGUACAUCACAAGACUGUAGUAACCGUCCACAGUUUCCGGACGUACCACUGGCAGGCAAAUCGAAACGAUCAGCCGCCCCCAUUAUGAACGAACUCACGCCCAGGUCUAGCACUGGAGACAGAAGUCUACUUGCCGUGUCGUUCGAUAGCAAUAGUAACAGUGUUCUGGAAACGAGCGCUGGGCCGUCUGGACGCAAUGGAAAGGAUUUACUCGACGAGUCCUACCAACGAACCAAGGAGCUGGCCAUGAACAUAUCAAACGUUCAGCGAGCAGUUCUAGCUUCACAACAGCAGCGUCCUCCACCGUUCAGAGUUCAGGGCCCGGUGCAACCACAAGGUAGCCGUCAGAAUCCGAAUCCAGACAUUCAGGACAUCAUCACGGGUAUUGUGAAGCUCCUAAAUGGAAACGUUAACGUGCAUGCGAAUCCACAGCCCACACGGCGUCAUUCGGCGACUCGCAUCAACAACCGAGGUCCACCACGCAUAUCCGAAGCUCAACCGCUACCGAACGAGUAUGAAGGAGAACUGGGUGCACCCACUUCUACGCGCCCUCUGCUGCAGCAGGACCAAGGACAGCAGUCGGGCGGACCAUCGCAAGGACCGCGACCAGAUCAUCCCGUGCGUCCCUUCCUCACAGGAGUCCCAAUCCCAGAGCAGAUUGUACCUUCGAUGCAGCAAACCUAUCGACCUGGAUUUGUAUCACAAAACAGACCGCCCUGGCAGAGACCUAAACCACGGCCACCGAUAUCUCCUAAUCGAAGGCCGAUUCCACCCUACAAACCGUACCCAACCAAUCUCGAUUAUCGACCGGAUCCGUCCAAUUACGAUGGAAGUGGUCCAUCCAACACGGGUCCUAUAGCGAUUCCCACCAACAACGAUGGUGGUAAUGCGAUCGACAACGUUACCGAAAAGGUGAUCGAGGAUCCUCCCUACGAACUUCCCAGCGCUGGAGGAAACUAUCCGACUACGACACAAGGAACGACUGAAACGAAUCCAGAGGUUGACGUCACCACAACCACCGCGGCCGCUUCCAAUGCGGAUUUGGAAGAGAAUAAACCGGCGGAGGAAGCAUCGAACAAACGACGACCGACAACAGUACCGACGGAGGUGCAGUAUACGAUCGAGUCGGCAACCAGUGCUGCCAGUGUGAUGCCUGCGAACGGUCCGAACGGUGAGACUUACGAUCCAGAAGUGGUACCAAGCGUAUACGAGAUCAACUCGAUUGAAUAUCUCCCGUCAAGUGGAGUGCUAGAACCUACGCCAUCUACGAGUAGUGCGAUCAUUACAAGCAGCACAGGUGUGCUAGAACCCUCGACCAGUGGAGAAGGUGAUCAUUCGAUUACAAUCACUCCAACACCUACACUGCUGCCUACGUCGGAAACAUCCACGAUCACGAAAACGACCACCACAACGAAUGCUGCUCCAUCGGAAAGCAUAACUUCGGAUGUAAUAUCUCCAACAAAGAGUUCGGCGACAGCAUCGACGGACACAACAAAACCUCCACCAGACUAUCGAUUCCAACCCCGGCCAGGACUGGUGCUGGACGAUCCAGACUUCAAACCGGGUGGUGGGGCAGGAUCCGGUAGCAGCAAUGCCAUCCGCACCCAGAACCUACCACCGUUCGCCAAUCGACCGGAGAUCUACACAGCUCCUCCUCCUCCCGGGUCCGGAGGAUCAGGGAUAGCGGCGGGUGCGCGUCCUCCGAACUACGGUGAGAUCUUCGAUGUUACGCUGUCCGCCAUCCAAGGACCGGGCGGUGCAGGUGGUUCCGGGUCACAGCAAACGAUCAAAAUCAAUCCCUACUACAAUCGACCCGGACCGGGGACUGGACCCGAGGCCAGUAUUAUUCUCACGGGUACCGGUACCGAUGGGUUCGUUUCGAUCGAUGGUAAACGAUCGUACAUCGAUCUGUUCGGUACGGAAACACAACGCGGUCAGAAAACACAAAUCCAACCCACUCCGACACGAUCAGCCGGACCUCCGGCGUCUACGGAGCGGCCUAAACCUCCCAAACUUGGCCCAACACCUCCUGCCCUGCAGCCGGGUAUCGUCGGCACUGGGUAUGCCGUGCCGGAAACGGAAUCUCCCGUACAUGCUGGACCGAUCGGUGGAAACAAACCGCCCACGGGUGGUUCGGGACAACUUCAGCGUGCCCCCUCGGUACACCAGAGUCGUCCGAAGUAUCCGGGAGCACUGGGACUGCCACCGGUACGCAUCGAUACCUGCAUUGUGGGUGAUGAUUCCACCUGCGAUCAGGCUCAGAACGAACGCUGUAAGACGGAGAACGGUGUGUCCAGCUGUCACUGCCGUCCGGGGUACGCUAGACGCAAGCAUCGGGAACCAUGUAGACGGAUCGUGUCACUGAUGUUGUCGAUGCGAGUGGACAAAAUCUAUGAGCGACGGAUCCAUUGGGAUGUGUCACUGGCAGACCGGAGCAGCGAGAAGUACCAGCAGCUAAGCUAUGAGGCCAUCCGAGCGAUGGAUUCGGCAAUGUCGAUGACCCCAUUCUCGGACGAGUUCCUGGAGGCACGCAUCAACGGCAUCUACACCGUCAAUCCUAGCGCUGGAUCUUCCGUUUCUGGUUCUGCGUCCGGUGCCGUGUUUGUAAACUACACCGUCAACCUGGACGAAAACGCAGAAACACUUCGACCCGCCCUACGGUCCGACAUCCAGCGCCAUUUGUUGGGUGUCAUUCACCGGCGGAACAACAACAUUGGCAACUCGGCACUGUACGUUGAGGCACCAACGGGAGCCGUUUCGAGCGUGCAGGACGUGGAUGAGUGCACUUCGGAUGAGUUAAAUGAUUGCGAUGAGGAGGCCCACUGUACCAAUUUGUUUGGCACGUUCCGGUGCGAGUGUAACGUUGGUUUCCGAGAUCCGUGGGCCGAUCAACCGCAGCGUGCAGGACGUGAGUGUCUAUCGUGUCCGGAGUCGUACUGUACGAACCGUGGCACCUGUAGCUACGAUAACGCCAACAACAGGCAGGUGUGCAAGUGUCUCGGCAGCUACUAUGGCACGCAAUGUGAGAUCGAUGGCGAAGUGCUUGGUGUGGCCGUGGGAGCAUCGGUUGCCGCAGUUGUUAUCAUCGUGCUUACCCUUAUCUGUCUCGUUAUGUGGAGCCGGAAGUGGCAGCGUGAGCACAAAAACGCCAUGGGCAGCCCAGUGUUCGGUUAUCUUGGCAAUGGACAGGUAAAGACACCGGUCAUGGGACAGGCACCGUACCAGGUGACCCUAGAGGAUCGUAUGCGAUGGGCACAGAUUGCGGACGUAAUGGCUCAAGCGAAUCAUUACGCGGUAAGCUACAUCGAUGCUGAACCCGUUGCAGGACGCCCAUCGUCAGCCAUGUUUGGCUAUCCUAAUUUGCAGACGAUAGGUAGCAUGAACACACUCUCGCUACAUGGCACCUUGCCAAUGCACACCGGAACCUUACCGCCAGUCCCGUUGCCAAGGACUCUUGGGCUAAACCGGAAUGGUAUGCGAACGUUGGAAAAUUCCAGCUCGAGCGAGGAAGAGGAUCGUGCUGAUCUGUUGGGACGCAACUUUAACGUCCCACGGCCAAAGAGUCGCAGCAAUGCAAGCGUAACGUCGGGUAUCUACUACGAUGUGGAUUACGCACCGACCGGUGCAGAGCAGCUGUACGGCGGUGGAAGUACACUCGGCGGAACGAUAGGAGGUGGCGGACUAACUGGCGGUGGUGGUGGAGGUGGUACAACAAAGUCGCAAAGCAGCAUACCAAUGAGCACCUACACCUCUUCCGGCCGGCCAUUACAGUCGACGUACUACAAGUGA